AUGCGCAUGCUCUUCCUCGUGCUCGCCGUGCGCUCGGGAGCCGGAGUGGCGGGGUCGGAGCUGCUGCAACGGCGCGAGUGGCCGCGAGGGGUCGUGCUGGGACUCUCCAGAGGGCGAGACCACUACGCGGUGCUCGCGGCGGCGCACGGGGCAGCUUCAGCUGAAACAGAGCCUCAGCAGCGCCUUCAGGCAGUGCACGUCCCCGAGAAUGGUCCAGUCCCGGGGUGCAAGUUGCUCCUCUUGGAAGAAGCAGUGCGGCGCGCCGGGCUGUGCGCGCUUGUUGCUGUCAGGCCCGCCGCUACCAAUCUGCACGGUACGCGGGCGGGACCGCUCGCCGUGACCGCGAUCGCCUCGCUCGGCUUCGCCGCGCUCAGCGCGCGCGUCGCCGACGACGCGAUCCAGCGGCCGGCGCCUAUCUCUGCCGACGAGGCGCGUGCCGGGGCCCUGUUCUCCUCAUCCUUUUAG